AUGUCGUCAUCCUCCGCCACCGCCCUCUUGGCGUUGGCCGUCCUUCUCCUUCUUACGACGGCGUCCGCCGCUGCGCCAAUAAUCGGCCUAGACUCCUUCCUGAGCCACCAAUCUCGCAUCGACCCUCAUGCUUCGAACGACUCCUUCCUCUCGCUUCCCCCCUCCAUAAAAAAUCCCCUCUCCCUCCUCUCCGACAUCUCCGCGUCCUCCCUCCUCUCCCUCUCCCUACCCAUCUCCCUCUCCCUCCACCUCAUCGGCGACUUCCCCCCCGACGCCCCCUCCCUCCUCUCCGCCUAUCUAUCCGCCGCCGCCCCCACCGCCUUCCACGUCAUCACCCCCUUCAACUCUCACCCCCUCUCCCACUCUCUUUCCCUCUCCCACACCCUCCACCUCCACAUAACCCCUUCCCAAUCCCUCUCCUCUCUCACCUCUCUCCUCGCCCAAACCCUAACCUCACACCUUCGCUCCACUCCUUCCUCUCUUUCUUCCCAACUCCUCUCCAUCCCCCACUCCUCCAUCGACAGCAUCAUCCAAAACCACUUUCGCAAACAUAACCCUAACCCUAACCACGUCCACCUCUACCUCCUCAACCUUCCUCCCCUCUCCGAUCCCAAACCCUACGCCUACACCUACUCCCCCGGCGAAUCCUCUGCCGCAGUCACCAAAUGCUCCGGCACCUUCUUCACCUCCGCUGAUCGCUUCUUCUGGAUCGACCUUCGCGCCGGUCCGGUCAACUACGGCCCCGCAAUCUCCGGCGACGGCGUCAUCCCGCGCGGCGAGUUUCACCCCCUCGCCGCCCUUCACGGCCGCCCCAAAUCCCACAAGGCCUUCGCCGCCGACCUCGCCUCCCUCGUCUGGAGCGCCUACCACGUCUUCCUCGCUCCCUCCCUACGGAUACCAGUCCCAUUCGAGAAUUCCCUUACCGUCCAGUUCAUCCACAUCCACAGCGAUAUCGGUAGCAAGGAUUUCUCCGGCCUCGAUUGGAAAUUAAUCGAGAAGAGCUUUAGGUUUGACACUGAUAACAACAAUAAUGGAAAUGAUAAUGGAUUGUUGUUAGGAGAUCAGAGUUUGAGUUUCAAGAAUUAUGAAAUUAGGUUUUCGGAGUGUCCGAUUUGCUCUUUUGCUAUUGCGAGGUCAACUAAUUCGUAUACCUCUAGGUUUUUGUUUGAUAAUUAUACUUUGCUUGUGAGUGAGUAUUUGGAUUCGAAACGGUUGCACCGUAUUUUGUCUGAUUCAGGUGAUGAGUUGAGGAAGCUGGCUGGGGUGCCGGAGGAGGAUUUUAGUAGGAUUGUACCUGUUUAUGUUUUUGACUUGGAUUACACUUCGUUGUUGCUGCUCGACCGUUAUCAUCAGUCGGUGGCGUUUAAGGACAUGGUGAUUGCUGUUAGGACGAGGAACACGCAGACUGUGAGUGAUUAUAGUUGCAAUGGCAGGAAUGUGUUCAUGCAGACGAGGAAGCUUGAGCGGCCUAUUAUUGGGUCGAUUCUGCAGAGCAUGUGGGGGGUGUCGCCGACGCAUUUAAAUUGGAGCCCCCAGCAUAAUGAGACUUUGGUGGAUUAUACGUGGAGUAUGGGACAGACGCCGUUCGGGCCGUUUUCUGAGAUGAUGAGUUUGUCCUUUGUGCAGAAGGAUGCUGCCAGGAGGAAUGUUCUAUUGACAUCACUGAAUUACAGCGUAACGAGUGCGAUUGAUGUUCUUCAGAGCAUUGAGACUCAUGGUGGGGCAAAGAAUCUGCUUAAGCAGAGGCAACAUGUGGAGUUUGUCCAGCGGUGGAACCUUUUCAAGUACAAGCUGAACAAGGCUGUUUCUGCAAUGUCGCAUUUGGAUUUUGAGAUGGCUCUGUUUUACUUGAGGUCUUCUGAUCAUGAUCUCUAUGCCAUUCACUCCAUCGUCUAUCACGCAUCGCAGGAAAUAGAAGUUUCCCUUUUGUGCUUCAAGGAUCCUCCGUUUCCCUGGGGUUCCGUCUCUGUUUCUGCGUCCGCAUUCCUUGCUCUCUCUUAUGUUUAUGCAAGACGGGACAAACUUUUCAAGAACAAAAGGAAGCAAUUUUGA